GACGUGGGGGGAGGCUUGCUGCACGCAGCAGCGCGUCUCACACAGCAAGUCAGCGACGACGCACCGUUCUACACCGCACUCCAGCGCAUACAGCACCGGUGGAAGGUCAAGCGCACCCACCCUGCCCUCGCUCCUCCGCCAACCCCCCUCUCCACCUCCUCCUCCUCAACCGCGUCUGGCUUUGCUGCUGACGUCACAGUGCAAUCGCUCCUCCUCUCCCUCCCUCACUCGCCCCCUCUACCUGCCAGCAUGCCUCUCAUACCCGCUACAAGCCUCCCCUUUACCUCAUUAAGACUCGAUAGGGACAAGCAGGGAAUGCUCCGGGCUGCUCCGCCUGAAGGCCAGCCAAUCAGGAGGCUCCACGUCAGCGUGUUUGGGAGGGAAGCGGGCGGAGACUAUGGGGAGGAUGGUAUUGCUGGUGCUCGUGGUAAUGGUGAGGGGGCGGUGGGGAAGGGGGGAGAGGAGGAAGGAGAGGGUGGGGGGAUGGCAGAGGGGAAGGAAGGGGAGGAGGGGGAGGAGAAGGAGGAGGAGGAGGAGGGGGGCGUGGGGAGGGCGGUGCGCAAGGCUCAUGAGCUUCUGAGGGCGGCUCAGCGAUCGUGGUUUGACUGGCAGGGCAAAGAAAAGGGCCGUGGAGCGAUGCCUGUUGCGCAUGGUAUGGUGGUGCUGGGAGUAUGCGCCAUGCAUGGUAUGGUGGUGCUGGGAGUAUGCGCCAUGCAUGGUGUGGUGGUGCUGGGAGUAUGCGCCAUGCAUGGUGUGGUGGUGCUGGGAGUAUGUGCCAUGCAUGGUGUGGCGGUGCUGGGAGUAUGUGCCAUGCAUGGUGUGGCGGUGCUGGGAAUAUGUGCCAUGCAUGGUAUGGUGGUGCUGGGAGGAUGUGGCAUGCAUGGUAUGGUGGUGCUGGGAAUAUGUGCCAUGCAUGGUGUGGCGGUGCUGGGAAUAUGUGCCAUGCAUGGUAUGGUGGUGCUGGGAGGAUGUGGCAUGCAUGGUAUGGUGGUGCUGGGAAUAUGUGCCAUGCAUGGUGUGGUGCUGCUGGGAAUAUGUGGCAUGCAUGUUGUGGCGCGCCUCUGUCCACACCUGACAGUCUGCUCGCAUGCCACCCACCACCCCACCAUCGCUGCCUGGACGCUCUCAUUCCGCUCUCCAUCCUCCUGCACCGCUCUGCACAGCUCUCACGGGGCACACGGUGGGCGGCUGGGUGAGGCGGAGAGAGGGGUGGGCGGGACAGGGGGAGGGGGGGGUGCAGAGGGGCAGGGAGGAGGAGAGGAGGACGAGGGGAGAGCUGGAGGAAAUGGAGAGGCGAGGAGAUUGGGAGAGAGGGAGGGAAAAGUUGAGGUAGAAGCAGGUGUGGAGGGUGGGGGCUGUGAUGUGGGAGGCGACAGGCAGGGCACGGUGGGAGGUGCGGCAGCAGAGGAACCAGCAGCGGCAGCAGCAGCAGCUGCGGGGGCUGCUGAGGGUGAUGGGGAGUUGCUACAGGGGGAAAGGAGGGGCGAGGAGAAAGAGAGGAAUGGGGGAGCAGGGAGUGGGGGCGCGGGGGAGAGCGAGUGGGAGUGGGAGGUGGCGGUGCAGCUGAGAGACGUGGAGCUCACUGGUGCGGAGGAGCAGGAGUGCUACUUGGUGGCGCGCCCGGAUGCGGCUGCCGGGUGUGUGCGCUGGUGGAUGGCUCCUAGAGAGUGCGCCCUCGCAGCGCUGCACGCACGUGCCAUGGCAGGCGGGACGGCAGGAGGGGCAAAAGGUGGCGAGUGCGUGGGGUAUCCGGGGAGGAGCAAGGGUGCUGCGAGCCGUGCGGGGGACGAGGAGGGAGAUGAGGGGGAGGGGGGUGUGGUGCUGCUGGGAGCGUUGGGAGUGGAUGAGCUCAAAGAUGUGAUCACCAGAGCCGCCCUCCGCUAG